AUGGUGCCGGGUAGUUGUGGCGCUUGGCGUCUCGCGCCGCUCCUGCGGCGUGGCAUCUUGCCCCGCGCACUAAGACCCACAGAGCACUUGGGUACCCGGUCUCGCCUGCUGGCCCUGCAACGGCCAUCCGCCGGCCCGCCCUUCGGCCUAGUCUCCGACCCCGCGCGCUGCCUGCACGGCGGAACCCGGCUGGAGGAGCCGGCGGAGGGUGUAGCCGAGAAGGGACCCCCGGAACCGAGCGCUGCAGAUCACACUGGUCCACAGUUUGACAUAGAUAUGCUGGUAUCACUUCUGAGGCAAGAAAAUGCAAGAGACAUUUGUGUUAUCAAGGUUCCUCCAGAGAUGAAAUAUACAGAUUAUUUUGUGAUUGGGAGCGGAACCUCCACCCGCCACUUACAUGCCAUGGCCUACUACAUUAUGAAAAUGUACAAAUUCCUGAAGUGUCAAAGUGACCCUUAUGUUAAGAUAGAAGGGAAGGACUCUGACGACUGGCUCUGCAUGGACAUUGGCAGCAUGGUGAUUCACUUGAUGCUUCCGGAAACCAGAGAGAUCUAUGAAUUAGAAAAAUUAUGGACACUGCGCUCUUAUGAUGACCAGUUAACUCAGAUAGCAUCUGAGACAUUACCUGAAGACUUUAUUCUUGGAAUAGAAGACAACACUUCUUCAUCCCUCACACCAGAGGAGUUCAAGUAUGAAUAAAAAUUAAUAUGAACUGC